CUUUAAGAGCGGCGCCUGCGGGCGGUGGAGAGGCAGCGGGCGGGGGCGCGCGCGGCGGGAGGAGGGGAGCGCGCGUUUCCCGGAACAGCCCGCGCGGAGGAAAGGGAGGAAAAAAAGCCACCCUGCGGCCGGGGCCGGAGCUGGAGCCGCCGCUGCCGCCGCCGCCGCCGCCGCGGCCGUCUGGAGCUCCCCCGCGCGGACGAUGCCCGCCGUGCCCGCCCGGGGCUCGGGGCGGUGAGGCCGGGGGCGCGGGGUAGCUAUGGCGACGGCGAGCGCGGCCCGCGGCGCCGCCUGACAGGUGUGGGCCCCGGCGGCGGCGGCGCGGAGCAGCAUGUACGCCAAGGGGGGCAAGGGUUCGGCCGUGCCCUCCGACAGCCAGGCCCGCGAGAAGUUGGCGCUGUAUGUCUAUGAGUACUUGCUGCACAUCGGUGCCCAGAAGUCAGCCCAGACCUUCCUGUCUGAGAUCCGAUGGGAGAAGAACAUCACGCUGGGGGAGCCCCCCGGGUUCCUGCACUCUUGGUGGUGCGUCUUCUGGGACCUGUACUGCGCAGCGCCUGACCGAAGAGAGGCCUGCGAGCACUCCGGCGAGGCCAAGGCAUUCCAGGACUAUAGCGCUGCAGCCGCCCCCAGCCCUGUGAUGGGGAGUAUGGCCCCAGGUGAGGCAAUGGCCGCAGGCCCCAUGGCUGCUGGCUUCUUCCAGCCCUUCAUGUCACCGCGCUUCCCAGGGGGCCCCCGGCCCACCCUGCGGAUGCCGAGUCAGCCUCCCGCAGGCCUCCCCGGCUCCCAGCCCCUCCUCCCUGGCGCCAUGGAGCCCUCCCCACGAGCCCAGGGGCAUCCGAGCAUGGGCGGCCCAAUGCAGAGGGUGACGCCUCCUCGUGGCAUGGCCAGCGUGGGGCCCCAGAGCUAUGGAGGCGGCAUGCGACCCCCACCCAACUCCCUUGCCGGCCCAGGCCUGCCUGCCAUGAACAUGGGCCCAGGAGUUCGUGGCCCGUGGGCCAGCCCCAGUGGAAACUCGAUCCCCUACUCCUCCUCAUCCCCUGGCAGCUACACGGGACCCCCAGGAGGAGGUGGGCCCCCUGGAACACCCAUCAUGCCUAGCCCUGGAGAUUCCACCAACUCCAGCGAAAACAUGUACACUAUCAUGAACUCCAUCGGGCCGGGCGCCGGCAGGGCUAAUUUCCCGCUCGGCCCUGGCCCGGAGGGCCCCAUGGCCGCCAUGAGUGCGAUGGAGCCUCACCACGUGAACGGAUCCCUGGGCUCGGGCGACAUGGACGGGUUGCCGAAGAGCUCCCCCGGCGCCGUGGCCGGCCUGAGCAACGCCCCGGGCACCCCGCGGGACGACGGCGAGAUGGCGGCCGCCGGGACCUUCCUGCACCCGUUCCCGAGCGAAAGCGUAAGCGACUGCGUCGACUCCCCCCCCGCGGCGGCGUCGGGCCGGAGGGGCCUGGCGGGCAGGCCCCGGCGGGGCGGCCGGGGGGCCAGAGCAAGACCGUGACCGCGGCGGGCCAGUACUCGCCAGGGAUGACCAUGAGCGUGUGAUGGGGUGGCAGCCCCGGGCCUCUCUGCGGGCCUAGGCUUCUGCCCAGCGCCCCUGCUCAGGGCGAGGGGCUGAGGUCACACCUCGGGCACCUGGACUCCUGGCCAAUCAAGGCUUGCCCAGCUGGGAGGCCCCACACGAAAGACUCUUACCAUUUUAUUAAAAACGCAAGGACCUCAGAGACGUUCUUUUCUGUAUGGACCCUUCCUGCCAUUUGUAUUUUGUCCCAGAGAGAAAGGCUCUUUGGGGGGCCCCUCUCCCCAGGACGUCAAGGGGUGGGGCCCAUCAAUAAAUGGAAGCUGGUUUUGGUUUUUGGUA